AUGGCGUCAAAAGUUGCUCUACUCGUGCUCAAUAUCGUCUUCACGAUAUUCGGACUUAUACUCUUCAGUGGCUCCAUCGCGUACUUCUGUUACAUCAACAUGUUUGUGGCUCUUCGGAACAGUAACCAUUAUCUCCUGGAUUACAAUGUGUAUUGGCCUCAAGCUGUCCCUUGGAUGUUCUUUGUGACGUCGCUAUUUGUGAUCUUCAGUUCGGCCUGUGGAUGUAUCGGAGCGAGAAAAAACAGUAAGUCCAUGGUCACUACUUAUGGGAUUUUCGUGUCUGUAGCUACAGCUUUACUUAUGGGCAUGGCUAUAGUUGCCCUAGUUUGUGCUGAUGGAUAUAGAACAGAUAAUUUUAUAAGAGACACGAUUUGGGACGCAUAUUCUCAAAUGAAAGAUCAUCCUGAGCUUGAACAGUACUUUGGAAACGUCGAGAAACGUUUAUACUGCUGUGGCGCGGAUAGCCCUAGAGAUUACGUCAGUUGGAAGAACGAAUUUCCUCAAUCUUGCUGCGACGUCGUUAGGUACAGUUUCCUAGAUGCCUAUCCUAUUGACUGUAGCACAACCAACAAGCUAGCAAAUGAAAGACACGGAUGUUCUGAAGUAGCAUCUCAAUAUGCAAGAAUUGGCAUCAAAGUUUUAUCUGGAGUCUCAAUUUUCACGGCUUUAAUCGGAUUAUUAACGCUGGCAGUUGCUUUUUCAACGUCCAAGAAAAUUAAGAACAGAAGGAGAACACCCCAAGUGAUAGAUGGUAGAGAAAUGGAAACGAAGAAAGUGCUUCUGUAA